CCAUUUCCGUCCCAGUUGCUGACGAUUUGGGUCUGCACCGGAAGUGCCUUGCUGCCGAUGUGUUAUCCAGUGACUGCGGUUUCUGUCUCUCUCCCUUCUUUCCCUGCCUGGGUAUUUGCGUCGCACCAUGGCGCCUAAGGGCAAAGUGGGCACGAGAGGGAAGAAGCAGAUAUUUGAGGAGAACAAAGAGACCCUGAAGUUCUAUCUGCGGAUCAUACUGGGGGCCAACGCCAUUUACUGUCUUGUGACCCUGGUCAUCUUCUACUCAUCUGCCUCGUUUUGGGCCUGGAUGGCUCUGGGCUUUAGUCUGGCAGUAUAUGGGGCCAGCUACCAUUCUAUGAGCUCGAUGGCAAGGGCAGCCUUCUCUGAGGAUGGGGCCCUGAUGGAUGGUGGAAUGGACCUCAACAUGGAACAGGGCAUGGCAGAGCACCUUAAGGAUGUGAUCCUACUGACAGCCAUCGUGCAGGUGCUCAGCUGCUUCUCUCUCUACAUCUGGUCCUUCUGGCUUCUGGCCCCAGGCAGAGCCCUUUACCUCCUGUGGGUCAAUGUACUAGGCCCUUGGUUCACAGCAGACAGUGGCACCCCAGCACCAGAGCACAACGAGAAAAGGCAGCGCCGACAGGAGCGGCGGCAAAUGAAGCGGUUAUAGCCACUGACAUUGUGGCUACGAGUUUCUGGGCCCUGGGUGGCUCUGUCAGGCUGUGUAGCCCCCGUGCGAUGAGCAGCGAGGGCCUAGUCCAGGGGCCAAAAGCAGUCUAAGGCAUAAAAUUGUUGAAUAAAUGGCUUAUGAUGUGGCUAA